AUGGCCGCUCCGGACUACUUCGCCCGCAAGCCGUCAUACAAUCGCUCCCGCUCUGGCCUGGCCGUCCCUGGAGUCACUACCCCGGCUUCACCGCACACUCCGCUCUUGACCCGCUCUCUCUCCUCUCAACUUGGCUCACCCGGUGCUUCGUAUCGCGCCGAGGAAGACACUCUCGUCUAUGAACUCGGGUCGAGAUCGUUUCGUGCAGGCUUCGCUGGCGACUCUGCUCCGAGAUGCAUCAUUCCCUUCGGCCCGGACCAAAUGCGCCGUCUUAACGACUUCACCACAUCCACAACAUCGCGCUCUGUGAACGACUGGGCAAAAGAUUGGGAGUUGUGGGACUUGGAUGUCCGCAACAUGAAUCUUGGUCUGAUCGAGGACAAGAUCGAACGUGCCAUACGGAGUGCCCACACCAACUACCUCAUGCUGGAUCAACGGCCUCGCAAAGUCUUUCUUGUUCUGCCCUCCACCUUGCCUCACCCACUCGUCUCUCUCACCUUGAAUGUCGUUUUCAAUGCCUUCCAACCCGCAACUAUUCAAUUAUGGACACCACCUGUCCUCUGCGCCGUCUCCGCUGGUCUGCGCUCUGCCUUGGUCAUCGAUAUUGGUUGGCACGAAACAACUGUCACCGCUCUAUAUGAGUAUCGCGAGGUCCUCCACAGGAGGUCAACCCGAGCCGGCAAACUGUUUACUCAGACUAUGGCCGAAGACUUGCGUAAACACGCCNCCUCUUCCACAUCUCUCUCCUUCGACACUGCCGAGGACAUAGUCAUGCGUAUGGCUUGGUGUCGCGACUCACGCGAUCAACACUUCACCGACAGUGUCACUCUUCCACUGGAGUCUUCAUCGUUGCAAAUCCCCUUCGAAUCCCUAGCCGACCCGGCAGAGGAAACCUUCUUCUCCACGUCUGUUCCAGUCGAGCAAAUUGAUGACCACGAUCUUCCUUUGCAUCUUCUGGCAUACAAGUGCUUGCUAUCGCUCCCACUAGACGUACGCGCAAUCUGCGCUUCGCGCAUCGUUAUCACUGGUGGUGUAAGUGAUACACCAGGUCUGAAACCUCGUCUGUUGCGAGAGAUAGAGAACGUAGUCAAUACCAAGGGGUGGGACCCAGUCAUGAACUAUGGCUCGGCUACAGAAAAGAGGCAGCUCUCAUCACAGCAACAGACAAUAGCUUUGCCAACCAGGAUCAAGCCACCUGAUGUCAGUGAGGUGGAUAAGCAUAUUGCUUCUCAGCCAGAUGAGCAACCACUGGCUCGCAAUGCACCGCAAGAACGCGAUGAGGUUGCUGAAAAGCUACAGCGUGAAGUGCUGAAGCGCGGUAUCACAAUUCAAGGCGAGGUGCGCGGUGUUGAGACGCUAGGUGCUUGGGCAGGAGCUUCGCUGGUUGCAACUCUCAAGGUGGAUGCCGCAUUUGAGGUAAAGAGGGAAGACUUCUUCAAGAACGGCCUUAGUUCAUUGGGUCACACGUUUUAG